GUCUGUGUGUAUGCGUGUGUAUGUUGAGGGCGCCACGUCGGCAGAACCAGCAGGGUGAAAAAGAGGGCUGCGUAGCUCCGGCUGUAAGUGUGAGUGAGCAGAAGUUAGAAAGCUGCAGAUUAACGCGCUAAAAGAGCAGCAGAGGCCGCAGACAGCAGAGCCGCAGCUCAUUUAUCAGCGCAGGGUCUGAUCCGAGCCCCAAACCCCGCACAAGCUGCUCCUGUCUCAAGUUUCUCUGCCAGGUGUGUGUGCGGGAGAAGCACUGGGAACAAUGGUGAAGAAUGUGAACAGCGUUAACGUGGAGCCGCAGCCGGGGACCAGCGUGGCCCCGGACGAAGCUGAACUCGCCGACAGCCAGCCUACAGAGGACUCUGGUAAGGACCACGCGGUGGCUCCCCCCAGCAUGAUGUGGAGGGUGACCGGCGGCCUCUUCAGCGUCACCAAGGGAGUCGUGGGCGCUGCGGUGGGCGGGGUUUCCUGGGUGGGCAGCAAGAGCCUUGAGAUCACCAAGUCGGCCGUGACCACGGUGCCCUCGGUGGGGGUCGGGCUGGUAAAGGGAGGGGUGUCUGCCGUGGCUGGCGGCGUCUCCACGGUGGGCUCGACGGUGGCCAACAAAGUCCCGUUUACAGCCAAGAGGAAAGACAAGGCCGAGUGAAGAGGAGAAUGAUGAAGAUGAUGAUGAUGAUUGAUGAUGGACUUGCCCCGCCCUGAGCCAACAGAGAGAGCUGAUCUCUGUCCGCCAACCAAACUCCACAGUGCCUUCUGAUCUCGGUCUUGAAUGUGAGAGUCUCGUCACCGUGCAGAGAUCUCGACUUUGACGCAAACACACCGAAACAUUCAGUAGAACUACGAUACCAUGGCAACCCAGAAUCACCAGAAAAUAAACGCUGAGUCACUGAAAGUUCCCCGUCUGACUUGGAGCGGGAUUUGUAUGAACAUCUGGCUCCAGGCGGAUCAUCCGGAGUCCACUUCAGCACGCGGUGGACGACUUCAUGAUUAUUUUAAUGUGUUUACAAUCCAGACUGAGGCUGUCCGCUCUCUCUCUCUCCUCUCUUCACAACUGCUUUCACAUAUUUAGUGAAAUAUUUCUGAAUUCAAGUGCUGAAUUUUAGCCUUUUUUUUCUUUUUUUUUCAAAGUUAUUGAAGUACUAUUGAAAUGUGUGACAGGAAUUGUGUCAAACAUUUUGAAGCGAAGGGAUGAGCAGCAUUCUUCAGUCUGCAGGCUUCACUGUGUCUGACCUCCUUCACUGAGCCCGGGGCGGUGUUUCAGCCAGCAGCCUCGGAUCUGCAUGUAGGAACACUUCUCUCUGACAUGCUAAUCUGGAGACUGCAACACAAUCACACCGACACCGACACUGGGCUCGGGUCUUUUUUUCCACAGCUACGUUAUCGUUGAAAUGUUUUGUUUUCUGUGUGAAAUGUUAAAAUGCUGCAUCGGACCUUUAACACUUAAGAAACAAAAACUUUCAGCAGCAUUUGUCGGUUGUUUGUGCCCGAUGUUGUCUGAACUGCUCAGUCAGUAAAAGUUGAACUGUACCUUUAAUCUGAAGGCGAACGCUGUUCUCCAGUGCAGGCGACAUCCGUGAACAUUUAUAUGCAAUACCAGCAUUUCAAUGCAACACUUGGAGUGAAUGGGAGCUGUUGCUGACGGGACUAAACUAUGUGAAUGUCUUGUAUGUGUUUGUUUUCCCAAAUUUAUCAAUAAAGUAGUUUGGAAGUUUAAA